GAACUCUCCUUUGGAUUUCAAUCAGAUAGCACGAAAUCACUCUCUCUCUCUCUCUCUCUCUCUCUCUCUCAAAGCCUUAUCCCUUUCCCCACCACUGGUAUAUAACCCCAUAAAACCAUAAUGUGCAAAAAUUUUCACUCCUCAAUCUCAGCCAUGUAGAACCACAAAGACCAAAUGCAAGAAACGCAAAUCCUUUCCUUCACCAAAUCCCUCCCUUCCUCUCCCUCUUCCUCCACCACCAAACCCCAUUUCCCCACUCAUCCCAACCAUGAUUUUCCCUCACUUUCCCACCCCAAAUCUCUCCGCUUUCCCACACUUUCCACCAAAACAAACACCCCCAUAAACCCCACCAACACCAACACCACCUCCACCUCCGACUUUCAAGAGAAAUUGCUCUAUUUAGACUCCAUUGGGAUUGAUUUCCUGACCUUAAUCGACGACCACCCUCCGGUCCUCUCCUUCCCCCUCGCAGAGAUAAAAUCCACCGUCGAUUUCGUCGCCUCCUUCGGAAUUACCGCCGUGGAGUUCCGCCGCAUCGUCGGGAUGUGCCCGGAGAUCCUCGCUUCUAGGGUUUCCGAAAUCGUACCGAUCUUCACGUUCUUGAUUCGGGAGGCCCGCGUCAACGGCUCCGAUUUGAGGCGCGUGAUCAACCGACGGCCGAGAUUGCUCGCCUGCAGCGUCAAGAACCGCCUCCGGCCGACGCUCUACUUCCUCCAGAGCAUCGGAAUCGCCGAGGUCAACAAGCAUACCAACCUCCUCUCCUCCAGCGUCGAGGAGAAGCUCAUUCCGAGGAUCGAGUACUUCGAAAAGAUCGGGUUUUCGCGCCGGGAUUCGGUGUCGAUGUUCCGGCGAUUCCCGCAGCUGUUCUGCUACUCCGUGAAGGAGAAUUUCGAGCCGAAAUUCGACUACUUCGUAGUCGAAAUGGGGAGGGAUUUGAAGGAGCUGAAGGAGUUUCCGCAGUACUUCUCGUUCAGCCUGGAGAAGAGGAUAAAGCCAAGGCACCAAUGCUGUGUAGAGAAAGGUGUGUGCUUUCCUUUGCCUAUAUUGUUGAAGACUAGCAAUGCCAAGUUUUGGGAUAGAUUGGACAUUUGUUGUAAUGCUUCAAUGCCCUUUGAGAGAUCUCCUUUGUGGUGUACAAAUUGUGAUAUUGAUUUGGUAUAA